AUGGCCAGUGCAUUGCCGUUUCUGUGAAGCUCCCUUCGGUCACGUGCUCCUGUCUGCUGGGCAGUUGGGGGCCUGGGGCAGACAAAAAGGCUGGCGAAAGCCAAAGACGCCUCCUCCAUGAUUGGCCACUGGGCAGCAAGAGUGGCAGGACGGAUGGGCGGCAGAGGCGGCCUGGGAGCUGUGAGUGCUGCCGCGGGGCACCCCGGGCCCUCGGGGCUGCAGCGAAGGCGCCUGUCGCUGCACGAGUACCUGAGCAUGAAGCUGCUGAAGGAGGCAGGGGUUGCGGUUCCACACGCCUUGGUUGCAAAGACACCGGAGGAGGCCUACAAUGCCGCCAGAGAAAUAGGGACAGAGGACCUCGUGGUCAAGGCCCAGGUUUUAGCCGGCGGGCGUGGAAAAGGGACCUUCGAAGGGGGCCUGAAGGGAGGCGUGCAGAUGGUGUGUUCUCCCGAGGAGGCCAGGGAGGUGGCCGCCCAGAUGAUCGGGAAGAAGCUCUUCACCAAGCAGACGGGGGAAACGGGGCGGAUCUGCAACCAGGUCCUGGUCUGUGAGCGCAGGUACCUGAGGAAGGAGUACUACUUUGCCAUCACCAUGGAGAGGGCCUUCCAGGGGCCAGUGCUCAUCGGCAGUUCUCAGGGAGGGGUCAAUAUCGAAGACGUUGCUGCCGAGCACCCGGAGACCAUCCUGAAGGAGCCCGUGGAUAUCCUGGAGGGGAUCCGAGAGGAGCAGGCCCUUCGGCUGGCCCAGAAAAUGGGUUUCCGCGCUAAGGUGGUCGGCGAAGCUGCCGAUAGCAUGGUCAAGCUUUACAACCUUUUUAUUAAAUAUGAUGCUGUCAUGGUGGAGAUUAACCCCAUGGUGGAAGAUUCCACAGGGAAGGUGAUGUGCAUGGACGCAAAGAUAAACUUUGACGACAAUUCGGCUUUCCGCCAGAAGCAGAUCUUUGAACUGCAGGAUUGGACCCAGGAGGACGAGCGGGACAGGGAGGCGGCAAGUGCUGACCUCAACUACGUCGGGCUAGACGGGAACAUCGGUUGCCUGGUGAAUGGGGCCGGCCUGGCCAUGGCCACCAUGGACAUCAUUCAGCUGCACGGGGGCACCCCGGCAAACUUUCUGGACGUCGGAGGAGGAGCCACCGCACAGCAGGUGAAGGAGGCGUUUAAACUGAUCACUUCUGAUGAGCGGGUGCAGUCCAUCCUGGUGAAUAUUUUUGGGGGCAUCAUGCGAUGCGAUAUUAUUGCUGAAGGAAUCAUCCUGGCAGCCACCGAGCUGGAGCUCAAAAUCCCGGUCGUGGUGCGAUUGCAAGGCACACAAGUGGAGCAGGCGAAACUUUUGAUAGCCAAGAGCAGCCUGAAAAUCUUGGCCUGCGAUGACUUGGACCACGCGGCCAAAAUGGCCGUGACCCUCUCCAAGAUCGUGAGGCUAGCCAGGCAAGCCUGCCUGGAGGUGACGUUCCAGUCGCAGACCUGA